UGGAAGAAGGUAGCCAUGAAGAUCUGGGAGCUGAGAGGCUCAGAGGAUUAUUGAAAAUUCUACCUGAGUCAGAUGAGGCCGAAAUGUUAAGAAACUAUGAUGGUGAUAAGAAUAAGCUGGGAAAUGCAGAAAAAUUUCUACUGCAACUCUUAAACGUUCCUAAUUACAAACUGCGCAUUGAAAGCAUGCUGCUGAAAGAAGAAUUCAUGGCUAAUCAGGAGUUCUUGGAAAAUAGCAUUGAGACAAUACGGUGUGCUGCACAAGAACUUGAAGAAUGCAAAAAGUUGCACGAAAUCUUAUAUAUGGUUCUUGUAGCUGGCAAUUUUUUGAAUGCGGGUGGUUAUGCAGGAAAUGCAGCUGGUUUCAAAAUGUUAUCCUUGUUGAAACUUACAGACAUAAGAGCCAACAAACCUAGCAUGACACUAAUCCACUACGUAGCUGAGCAAGUAUUUAAGAAAAGGCCAGAUCUUCUCGAGUUUCUGGAAAUCC